AUUUGUAAUACGUCAACGUCAAAACGUUAGACUACCUACAUAAACAUAACCUAGAAUUAUGUAAUUUUAAUAUUCUAAAAUCUUAAUAUGUUUUCCUCCAUUCUAAAUGAAUUUAUUUUUAUGAAUAAAAAAUUUAAAAUCAAGCAAAAAAAUUGCAAUUAAUAAGUGUUUAUCAAGUUAGUGGAAAAAUGUUCUAAAGUAAAUUUCCUGGUUUUCCCUGUGUACCCUUGGCUGUUCCCUUUCCGGUAUAGUGAAUGAUUAUGAUUAAUUUUAACUGCUGUGCCCUUGACCAUGAUACUAACAUUCACACCAAAUAAAUAUGUUGAGAUCAAAAUUCUUUCCAUUGAUGAAGAAACGGAGAUUGCAAACAAAAUUAUGCUCAAAUCAAUGUCAACCGCCUGCUACAGAUGAAGAGAAAGAAAGAGAAUUGGAGAGAAUUGCUAGAGAGGCCUCUAUAGAAGAGCCACCAACUGGUUGCUGCCAAUCAGGAUGUUCUAAUUGCGUUUUCAUAGUUUGGGCUGAAGCUCUGACCAAAAAGAUGGACAAUGCAGGGCCUGAAAUUUCCGAAAAGAUUUUGAAAAUGAUUGAUGAUCCCUCCAUGAAAGCAUAUUUAGAAAUGGAACUAAGACUAAGGGGUCUUAAUAAGAAAUAAAAUCAGCUCUUCAGACUUGUGUUCUGUAAUUUUAAAGUCUUCAUUAAAGAUAUUUACAACCAAGAUAUUUAGGUAGCUAUUUAUAUUUAAAUAAGCUGAAUCAGACAGAUUCAGCUCUCUAAUCGUCUAAUGUUACCAGAAAAUUAGGCAAAAACCAAUUUGUUUUAGUAUAAAUUACUAUUAAAUUGUAAAUAGUUACAUAAAUCUGUGACUGUUGUGAUUAAUGUAUAUUUUGUAGCUUGAUAUUAGAUAGGUAAGUAUUUAUUUUGUAAAUAACUUUGUAAGUACUUAUUAAUUAAAUAAAAAUAUUUUUUUUAUUCCA